UUCACAAGAAAGCAAACCACCAGUCAGUGCAGAUCGUGCUCCGCGAAAAAUCGUUCUUUUCCGUGCAAAACCCGCUCCAAGUGUUCCGGAAUCGAUUACAAACCGUGCGUGAAGGUGUCCCGAGGGCGCGUCCGGUCGUGAAACAUGGAUUACGGCGGCGGAUGGUCGUGAAAAGUGCGGAAAACUUUUGGUUCGCUUGGCUGGGAAGAGCCAAAAAAAAAAGGCAAAGACAAAAGAGUGGAACGAUUGGUCGACCACUCACCAGCGACAAAGUGAGCGGUGAGAGUGCGUGCGCUCGCGAGUGAUUGCGUCAGUGUGGGAGUGAGUGGCGGAGCAACUACUGAGAACCGUGACUUGAAUUUUGGCAGAGUUAUGUCGGAAGUGAAAUAACUUAGCCCAAGUGGAACAGUGAUUAUUUUGUGGAAAAUGCAGUUUUUAUUAGAUUUCCGCACCUAAAAAUGGAUACAAACAUUGUUAGAAUGGAGGAGCAAAGUGGGCCGAGCAGGAACAUUCUGGUUCCAGAACUCUACUUCCUGAUUUCCAAGUUCCUGGCCAACGGACCCCUGCAGGAAACGGCCAAGGUUUUGGCCCGCGAAUUGGAGCAUUUAAAUAUCUUGCCGCGCCGUUUGGACUGGACCGGCCAGGAGCACCAGCAGACGUUGGAGGAGUUGGAGCGCAAAUAUCCGCACAUUGGACCGCAGCACCUGCUCGAGCUAUGCGCCCGCAUCGGACCGAUCCUGGACAAGGAGCUGGCGCCGGCCGUCCCCGGGGUGUUGUCCCUGCUGGGCGCCGGUCGGCAGAGCGUCCUCCGUACGCGGCACAGCGUAACCCAGCCCCAGCAGCUGAUCGAUUACUGCUCGCGGCGGAACCACAUGCCCCUGGCCGAUGCCGUCCACCGGAACAACACGCACAACAUCGUGCGGGUGUUGUAUGGGCGCGAGAGUGCCGGGCCGAUCGUACGCCGGCUGGCGAUUCCUAGCUCGUUCUACUCGAAGCAGAUGCUGCAACGGCGCACGUUGGGGCAUUUGAGCGCGGUGUACUGUGUGCUGUUUGACCGGUCGGGCAAGUACAUUAUCACCGGGGCGGAUGACUUGCUGGUGAAGCUGUGGAGCGCCAUCGAUGGGCGGUUGUUGGCCACGUUCCGAGGGGCGUCGGCGGAAAUUACCGAUAUUGCGAUUAAUCUGGACAACACGAUGCUGGCGGCGGGUUCGUUGGAUCGGAUAUUGCGCGUGUGGGACAUUCAGUACGGUGGUCCGAUUGCGGUACUCUCUGGCCACACGGGGAUGAUUACGUCGGUGAAUUUUUGCCCGUCGCCGAAGACGGACAUGCGCUACCUGGUGACGACCAGCACGGACGGAUCGGUCGCUUUUUGGGAGUACAGCACGCGCGGAGGGAAGGCCAACUUUAACUCGAAGCCGGUCAUGUACCACGAGAAGCUGCGACCCGGGCAGGCGCAGAUGAUUUGCGCGUCGUUUUCCCCGGGGGGAAUUUUCCUCGCUGCCGGUUCGGCGGAUCAUCACGUGCGCGUUUACCUAAUGUCCGAGGAUGGGCCCAAGCGGAUCCUCGAGACGGAGUCCCACUCGGACACGGUCGAUUCCAUCCAGUGGGCCCACCGUGGGUUGCGGUUCAUUUCGGGCAGCAAAGAUGGGACCGCACUGGUGUGGCACUUUGAAACGCAACAGUGGAAGUCAACCCGGUUGAACAUGACCGAGCGGUUGCCGAGUUGUCCGCCGCCGACGCCCGAGGAGGCCAGCUCGAAGCCCAAGGUGACGAUGGUGUCGUGGGACAACGGGGACGAUUGGGUCAUCACGGCGGUGAACGAUUUCACCAUUAAAAUCUGGAACGCUCACAACGGCAAGCUGCACAAGGUGCUGCGUGGUCACACGAAUGAAAUCUACGUGCUGGAGUCGCACCAGAAGGAUCCGGGAGUGUUGCUUUCGGCUGGGCACGACGGUCAGCUGUACAUCUGGGACAUUGUGCAGGGCGUUUCGUUGGCCAACUUCCUGAACCACAUCGACGGCCAGGGCGAUGGGGGGAUUUUCGAUGCCAAGUGGUCACCGGACGGAAACAUGAUCGCUGCCACCGAUUCACACGGUCACAUUCUGAUGUUCGGGUACGGUUCCGGGCACGAACGGCUCAAGCAACUGCCGAAGGAGUUGUUCUUUCACACGGAUUAUCGACCGUUGAUUCGAGACUCGUCACACCACGUGAUGGACGAGCAAACGCAAACGAUGCCCCAUCUGAUGCCACCACCGUUCCUGGUCGACAUCGACGGCAAUCCGUACCCUCCGGCCAUGCAGCGGUUAGUCCCUGGACGAGAGAACUGCCCGACGGAUCAGCUGGUGCCAAACAUUGGCAUUGGCGGUCAGGAAGCCGCCGAAUCUCCCUCGCAAGAAGUGUCCUGGUCCAACAUUGACCGAAUGAUCGAAGCGUUGGCCAAUCGGCAAGCCGGAGAUCAGGCACCCGAUUCGAACAACGAUCGCGAUAAUCCUCAGCCUCAAGGAGCGGACGCCCAACCCAACGAUCCGAACCGUCCCGCCGGAGGACGUUCCCAGCAAGGGGUGCAGCGUUUCAGUGCCGGCAACUGGCAUCGCGAUGGCAGCUACAAGUUCCACCGCCGGCAGUACGUUCGCCCGAUGAACCAUUCCCUGCUGCAAAUGCUCAAACAAAAGACGUACGCCGCCGGUCUGCAGGAGCACGAGUUGUACCGUCGCGAGAUGCGUCGGCGGCCGCUCAUGAUCAACACGUCCAACAACAGCAGCUCGUUGACGAGCCAGUCGAAUCGUCGCUCCGGCGGCGGAAGUCGCAACAACUCGAGCCGUCCGUUGCGUCGCUCACAGGCCAACGGCGAUGCCAACGGGAGUCGAGCUCAGCCAGCGUACAGAACGAGAGCCGUGCGGGAAAACGAACCGGAACCGGAAGCUCCCGAGCAGCACGAAUCGUCCUCGUCGGAAACGAGCAACAGCGACGAUUCAACGGCCAUCGAGGAAGAGUUGGACCUGUCCGGAUCGUCCACCUCGGACACGGACAGUUCCGACUACUCGGACUGGGUGUCGCACGAACCGGGUCGCAACCUGGAACCGCCGAAGCGUUCCAAGCGCAAGCACGUCCAACGUCGUGCGUACUCACCUCCGGAAGUGGAAGCCCCGGGACCGUCCAGCAGUAGCAACGGACGGCGCCCGAAGGUGCGCAAGAUCCCAAUCACCCGCGACGGUGAAAUCCCCGAAACGUACCGUCCCCCCGAAUGGCUGUCGGAGGUCAUCCCGCGCAAAGCCCCGUACUACCCGCAGAUGGGCGAUUCGGUGGUGUACUUCCGGCAGGGCCACGCUCGCUACCUGGAGGCCGUCCGCAACAAGAACGUGUUCAACCUGGGCAACAAGUGCGAACCGUGGGCCUCGAUCGAACUGCGUGACCACGAGUGCUGCAAGGUGAUCGGUAUCAAGUACGAGAUUCGACCUCCGCGACUGUGCUGCCUCAAGCUGGGCAUCAUGAACGAGGAGGGCGGUCAAACGGGUCGCUCGUUCGUCAUCAAGUAUCACGACAUGCCCGACGUGCUGGACUUUUUGGUGUUGAAGCAGACGUUCGACACAUCGGUGCGUCGCAACUGGGGACCCGGCGACCGGUUCCGCUGUAUGAUCGAAGACGUGUGGUGGCUCGGCCAAAUCGAAUCUCACAACCAGCUGUCGCCGGACUUCCCCGAUUCGCUGUUUAUGUGCUUCCGGGUACGCUGGGACAACGGCGAGUACGAAUUCAUGAGCCCGUGGGAUUUGGAACCGGUCGACGAGAACCGACUGCCCGUCGAGGUGGGCGGUGCCGUGCCCGUGCUGGACGAAGAACUGAAAGCGACGCUGUAUCAACCCAAGACGGAAGAGUGGCCACGGGGCGAUCGGGACGCGUCCUGUCGGAGGAUUAUCGCCGGACUGGAGCAGGUCAUGGGCCUGGCCAUCGCCGACCUAUUCCUCGCCCCGGUCGAUCUCAACAUCUACCCGGAGUACGCGUUCGUCGUGGAGUAUCCGAUCGAUCUGAACACGAUCAAGGCGCGCUUCGAGAACCACUUUUAUCGGCGCAUCACGUCGGCCCAGUUCGACGUGCGUUACCUGGCCACGAACGCGGAAAAGUUCAACGAAUCGCACAGCAACAUAGUGAAGCACGCGCGGAUCAUUACGGAUCUGUGCCUGCGGAUACUGGGAGAUGUGAACGACGUGGACGUUCCGGCGGUGUACCAUCAGCUGGUGGACACGUAUAUUUCUUCGGACUCGGACAGCGAUACCAACCAGGGAGCGGGACCUUCUACCAGCACCAGCAGCCGACGGCCACCGGCUGGAUCUAGACGAUCUCGCAGGUUGGUCCCGGAGGGCGAUUGGCGCGUCGAUUGCCGCGAGCUGCUCGAGAUGAUCUGGCAGUGCGACGAUUCGGAACCGUUCCGGGAGCCGGUUGAUACCAUUCAGCACCCAGACUACCUGCAAAUCGUGGAUACACCGAUGGAUCUGCGCACCAUCAAGGAGGACCUGCUCGGCGGGAACUACGAGUCGCCGCUGGACUUUUGCAAGGACAUGAAGCUCAUCUUCCAGAACUCGCGCAACUACAACACCAACAAGCGGUCGAGGAUCUACUCGAUGACGCUGCGAUUGAGCACGCUGUUCGAAGCGCACAUCAAACCGAUCAUCUACAACUGGAAGUCGGCCCGGAGGCGUGGCAAGGCGAACGCGGCCAAACGGGCGGCCGGCCAGGGCGGUGGAUCAUCGGCCGGAGCCGGAUCCAGUGGAGGAGCACCAAAGAAUCGUGGCCGCGACGACCGCAGCAGUCGAAGUGGUGGCGGAGCUGGACCCAGCAGUCGACGGUCAAACCCGCAAAACCACAACAACGCCAGCGGAAGCGGGAGUUCGAGGAACCAGAAUCGUACCGAGGAUGACGACGACGAUGACGGUGACGAUGAGGAGGGACCCUCGCGGAAACGACCCACCCGCAACGGAACGGCCUCGGCCCGGCGAAUGCUUUCGAGCAGUUCGAACGGGGUUUCUUCGAGUAGUAACAACGUUUCGCCCGAGGCACAGCCGGGACCGAGUCGAAGCAACAGGGCGGUGCCCAGUGUGGGGGCGUCGGCGGCGGCGGCCGGUACGUCGUCCUCCAGCCGGGUGACGCGAAGAUCUCAGGAAGCUGCAACGGAAGACGACGGAACGAUGAGCAGUGCGGGAACGGACAGCUCGAGCGAUUCCAGUGACAGCAGCGACGACAGCGCGUCGGUUCCGGUGUCCCACCGGCAUGAUUAUGACUCGGGGGAGAUGUACGAUCCGUACAAGCGACGGCGGCGAAAGCAGUCGAAGCCGAAAAAGGCAAAGAAAAAGAAUCCGAGCAAGGUCAGUUCAUCGACGCCGCAGAAGAAGAAGCCUCCGGCGACGAGUGCGGCGACGGCCUCGACGUCCGGUAGUACGGCAAUCGCUGGAGGGUCAAGGUCUGAGCAGUUUUCGUCCAGCAGUCGGCAGCAUCUGCCCCAGCGUAAUGGUACGGUGACGGGGUUGGGAGUGGCGGGCAGCUCAACGAGGAGAGUUGUUGAAGAACGUCGAUCGCAGGAGCAAGACAAACCAAAGAACGUCGCUACUGGAACUGGUGGUGGUGGCGGAAAACGUACGCUGAGAAGCACCCGGAACAAUACCGGAAGUGAAAGUGAAGACGACGAUGACGAGGCGGGUGAAGGUCCGAGCAGUGGGCGUCGAGUACCGAAACGGGCAAACCGGUACGAAUCUGACCACAGCUAUCACAUGGAACGGCCGAAGGCGGCUCGGAUCGUGUCGGAUUCGGACCACGAGGAGCAGGAGUCUCCGCGGAGUACGCGCGGCAGUACGCGACGAGCUCAGGCCGAGUGGGGUCGAAGUGAGGACAGUUUGGACGCCGCUCCGGAGGACGAACAACCGUCGAAUUCGCAACAAUCCGCUGCCAGCAGUAGUCGGCGGAUGAUGCGACCUCGCAACCGAAUUUCGGAUCCGGAGCAAAGUCCCGAAGAAACUGCCACCAUCAGCAAGCGAGGAUCGUCGCAGCGGGCCGCAGCCAACCGAGCCCGCCUAUGGUUGGCCAGUGAGAGUGACAACGACCACCGUCAGCUGCAGUCGCCGGAACUUCCCAGCACAAGCUCGUCCACGUCACGUGCUCGCGUCAGUCGAAUGGUGGUUCCUCCCAACGGAAACAGCAACAGCAGUACGGCGUCAACGACCCGAUCGCCCCGCAAAACCACCAGCUCAACCGCCGGCGAAGGUAGCAGUCGAUCCGCCACGAAUCGUCGCCUCCGUAACAUCUCCCAAAGUGAACCUUCCGUGACGCCACCUCCACACACCGUGGACCACAACUACGGGGAACCGUCGUCACGACGCUCCUCCCGCAACAGGCACCAGCUCUCACGCCACCAGCGAAACGCCGACGAGCUCGAUCACACCCCGGAAGAGGGCGAAGAUCCGCACACGACGGAAGGACCAACCGACGACACCAGUGACGACGCCCCGCUGCGGCCACGAACCGCAACGCGUCCCAGCCAAAUCAGCUCACGGUUGCGCAGCAAAACCGCUUCCCCGGCCAAGAGGGGCAGCAAGAAGUCGUCCGGGACGUCCGAGGAGGACGACGGCGCCCGGCCAAACGACUCCGACGAGGAGUUUAUCGGCGUCGAAGAGGAGAGCGACUCCGAGGAGAAGGUGACCGGCGACAGCACCGACGACGACUCGGACGACAAUACGCCGCUGCGGGUGAUGUCCAAAUCGCGGACGGCCUCCAGCCGCCGGACGCAACCGAGCAGCCGAUCGACGUCGUCAGCGUUGGCGGGCCGAAGUGGGAACAUCAGCAGUCGGACGCGGCAAAAGGAGCGGAACUCGUCCGAGGAUGACUACGGGGGUCCCGGUCCGUCGACGUUGCGAAACACGCGCAACCUGAAGCGGCCCCGCUACAACGAGGACAGCGACGACGAGGACGGUGGCGCCACCGGACGAAGCCAACGACCCAAGCGGCCAACCAUUGUGCCCAGCAGCGAACGGCCACAUCAGUACUUUGGCGGCGGAGGUCCUUCGUCGGCCAGUCGGCAACAACAACAACAACAACACAAUGGCGGCACAACCAGCAACACCGGCACCGACAGCCACAGCGAGGACAACGAAGCCCUCACGAGCGUGAGCAGCCGCGGUCGAGUUCGGCGCAUCAAACCGAACGUGCGGAGAAUAUUCCGCGAGUAGCAGCAGCGGAAGGCAGGCGUCUCUUUUGUACAGUCACCCUUGUAAAUUAUUGUGUGUCUCUUUCCCGUUUUGGUAGUUUUGUAAGUUCAAUGGAUUGUUAGAUGUUACAACAGCAAGAAAGACGGAUCAACGCCGCGUUCCAAUACUGCCAGAUUUUCCGAAACACACACCCACACAGUACCGGUUUUUAAAGUAUCGUUUAAGUCACGAAUCAGAAGCUCAACUUUGAACCAGCUAGAUUUGAGUUGAACACGAGUAACUUGUUAGGAAGUUUAAAAGACUGAUCGAAUUAACAACUCAUUUUUUUUCUGUUGUUGUCGCAAAAACAAGCCAACUUUCAAUCUUUUGCUCUUUCUGAAGAAACCAUCCUAAGUGUGUGUAUGUACAAUAGGUUAGUGUUUAUGCGCUUUCGAGUGUCCCUUUGUAAGUAUCGUUUUCUCAACCGCGCUUAAGUUUAAUUCACUCAAAAAGUACACAUAAAUCGAGGAGUAAUAUUCGUGAUUCGUCAAGCUAUUAUUAUGAGUAAUGCUAACACAACACAACAGAAAAAGGCAUCGAUUGUCAACGUAGUUAUUAGAUGUAAGAGAGAGAGAGUCAGCGCAGCGCAGAGAGAAACAAACGCAAAAAAAGUUAGACUAAAUUUCUUGCAAAAGAUUAUUCUGAA